AUGAGCGGAGAGUUGGAAAAGUGGAUAGCGCUUGGGAGAUCACUAGGAGUGCGCGACGACGAGCUGAGGGAAUGGGUCGAGGAGCAGAGAGCAAUGGAGAGACAGACGAGGGCAGAGGAGCGGGCUGCGCGAGCAGCAGAGAGGCAGUUGGACGAACGAGUACUGCUAGCUGAGGAGCGUGUACUCGCGUUGCGUGUCCAGGCCGCGAAUCAGGCCACGGCAGCCGUUGGCCCUGACUCGAGCAGCACAGCUAGUGAGAGGUUUCGACCGGGUUCGCACAAAGUGAUGCCUGUCUUCGAUGAAAAGAGGGAUGACUUAGACGCAUAUUUACAUAGGUUUGAGAUAGUGGCAGAAGGACUGCGUUGGCCCAAGGAGCAGUGGGCAACAGCCUUAAGUUUAUCUCUGGCGGGAGAAGCGCUGGCGGUGUUUGGACGGCUGUCGCCACAAGAGUCUAACGAUUACGAGAAGGUCCGAGAUGCCCUGUUAGAGACAUUUCGAUAUACCGCAGAAGGGUUUCGGGAAAAGUUCAGGUCAUCGACGCCCGAUAAGAAAGAGACAGCCAAACAGUUUGGGGCACGCCUCACGCACUUCUUCGAUAAGUGGGUGGAGACAUCUGAAACGCCUAAGGAGUUCACGUCGCUGCGUGAUUUAAUGUUACGGGAGCAGUUCCUUUUGAAGUGUCUUCCGGCUUUGGUCGUAUUUUUGAAAGAGGGCGAAUGUAAGUCACUUGAAGAGACCUGUAAACGGGCUGAUAAAUAUUUGGAAGCCCAGGGCUUGAGGACGUUGGGAAAGGCAGAGUCGGAACAGACGUUACCUACGAAGGGUUUACCGAAGAGGGCCACCGGUCCAGGUUGCAUGUUAUGUGGAAAGAUGGGUCACAGAGCUUCGGAUUGUAGUGCCGGCUUAGUAAAGCCGAAGCAGAGUACCUGUUGGACAUGUGGAGAAGUAGGUCAUCGGUCUCACAGUUGCCCUAAGAACGGGCGAGAUUCUGACAGAUCAGGGAAAGCCGCAUGUAUGGUCUCUCCUGGUCGGUACGUGAGUGCAGCGCCCAACUACAUCGAUUAUGAGGACGCAGAACGUGAAGGAUCUCCGCGCGCAUUACCGAGUAAGAUCGGGCUUCUCCGACCAGUUGAUGGAUCGGUAGAGAGACAGGACGUCGUAGUCCUGAGGGAUACCGGCAGUAAUCUAAUUUUGGUCAGGCGGAGCUUGGUGCCGAAUAGUCAGAUGACGGGCCACAGUUGUUCAGUUUACUUAGCGGACAACACGUGCCGGACGUGGCCGGAAGCUGAAAUCUGUGUUAGCAGCCCAUAUCUGACAGGCAAGGUUUUGGCUCAUUGUGUAGAGGAACCCAUAUUUGAUCUCAUUAUCGGGAACGUCCCUGGACUUGUAGACAUACACGAGCAGCUACUUCAGUCUGCUGGACAGGCGAAUGAGGCGGCGACCGUAGGCCGCAGGGAGGGAAGGCUGUUACUGGAGGGAUCCGGAAACUCUGCAGCCGUGACAAGGGCCCAGGCGCGGCAAUCGCACCGUAACCUUCCUCCCCUAAGAGUUUCAAAUGGGUUGCCUGAGAACAUAACCGUCCAACAGUUAGCAGACAUGCAGGUCUCCGAUCACAGUUUGGCAAAGUGUUUUAACGAUGUUGGGAAGAAGCUGCGCAAGUCGAGGUGUACCACAGAAUACUUGUUUGAGAUAAAAGAGAGGCUGUUAUACCGGCUAUGUCGCUUAAGCAGCGGACGUGAGAUUGAGCAGUUAGUGGUGCCGUUGGGGUUGCGUACCACAGUGUUACGGGAGGCGCACGACACAUUGAUGGCUGGGCAUCAGGGACAAAAGCGCACGGCAGACAGAAUUCUUGCUGAAUUCUUCUGGCCGGGGGUGCAAGGGGAUGUCCAGAGAUAUGUUCGUUCGUGUGAUGUUUGUCAGCGGACCGUCCCCAAGGGCAGCGUACGUAAGACUGUCUUGGGGAGCGUGCCAAUGAUUUCCACUCCGUUCCAGAGGGUGGCUGUGGAUAUAGUAGGACCCAUAUCACCCCCUACUCAGCAAGGGAACCGCUACAUUUUGACUUUAGUCGAUUUCGCUACCAGAUAUCCGGAGGCGGUUGCGCUAAGGAACAUUGAGACAGUUACGGUCGCUGAAGCGCUCGUAGACAUGUUUUCCAGGCUUGGUGUACCACGGGAGAUACCCAGUGAUCGGGGAGCGCAGUUUACCUCAGACCUCAUGAAGGAGGUGGCACGGUUGCUGUCUCUCAGACAACUGCACACGACCCCUUACCACCCUAUGGCGAAUGGGAUGGUUGAGAAGUUCAAUGGCACUUUAAAGCAGAUGUUGAGGCGGAUGUCUCAAGAACAACCCAGACAUUGGGACCGCUAUAUUGCUCCACUUUUAUUCGCUUACCGGGAAGUCCCCCAGGCUAGCCUGGGCUUCUCACCAUUUGAACUGUUAUAUGGGAGGACGGUACGCGGUCCUCUGACGAUUCUAAAGGAGUUGUGGACGGGACAUGCCUCUGAGGAGGCAAUCCCUAUAUACCAAUACGUAUUAGAUCUGCGUAGUAGGUUGGAAGCGACAUGCAAGUUGGCAAAAGAGGAGCUGAGCAAAGCUAAGGCAAAGCAGGCAGGGUAUUACAAUCGUAAGGCUCGACCUCGAGAGUUACACGUGGGUCAGCCUGUGCUGGUAUUGUUGCCCACAGAACAUAACAAGCUGACUAUGCAGUGGAAGGGUCCGUACCAAGUGGUGAAACGACGCAAUGAUUGUGACUAUGAGAUUCAGGUCGGCGCAAACACCAAAGUGUUUCACAUCAAUAUCUUGAAACAAUAUGUUAUUCGGGAUGGGGCUCACUGUGCAGCAGUGGCUGUGGAAAACACACAGGAGGAGGAGGAGAAUGUAGACAUCUCCACGAUGAGUCUGACGCAAGAGCAGACGUUCCGUGACGUAAAGAUAUCGGCCGACAUUACUAGGCAACAAACUGCAGGGUUGCAUGCAUUGAUUGAGGAGUACCAUGACGUAUUCUCGGACCUACCAGGACGCACAGAUGUCCUGGAGUGUCAUCUGAGAGUAACAACAGAUGACCCCAUCCAGGUCACACAAUAUCAGAUUCCGCAUGCCUUACAGCAAACGAUUGAGGAUGAGGUGCAGAUGAUGUUGAGGCUAGGGGUGAUAGAAAAAUCGAGUUCCGCAUACCGAGCACCUUUGGUGAUAGUCAAGAAACCAGAUGGGUCAAACCGGUUGUGUGUAGAUUUUCGAAAAUUGAAUGAUGUGUUAAUCUUUGAUGCAGAGCCAAUGGCACGACUCGAUGAGAUGUUGGCACAAGUUGGGAAUAGAAAGUAUUUCUCAAAGCUGGAUUUGUCCAGAGGAUAUUGGCAAAUUCCGAUGGCAGAAUCGUCUAAGGAGAAAACUGCUUUCGCUUCACGUAGUGGGCUGUAUCACUUUCGGUACAUGCCGUUCGGGCUGAAAACUGCAGCCGCGGUGUUCACCAAGUUGAUGAGGGAAGUGCUCGGGGAUCUGCCCCAUGUAGUGCACUACAUUGAUGAUGUCUUGGUGGCCACUGAGUCUUGGGAGGAACACUUAACAACGUUGAAGGAGAUAUUUCGAAGGGUAAGGGCAGCCCAUCUCACACUGAAACCAAAGAAGUGCGAGUUUGCGAAUAAGUCGGUGGUGUACUUGGGCCACACGGUUGGCCAGAGCUGUAUUACGCCCAACCCGGACACUUUGGAAAAGCUUCUGGGGGGCAACGCCCACGGACGAAAAAGCAAGUGA